UAUUACUGUGAUUAAUUGGGGCAAACUUUUUUUUUUUUUUUAUUUAAUUAAUUACUGUAUAAUAUAGAGUAGCAAAUUAAACUAGUAAAAUCGGUUUUACUUCGUACUCAGUAUUAGAUAUCAUAAACUCAUAACAGCGCGAUUAAAAGAUUGUCGUAAUUUGACGGUCCAACCAAUUGACGGUUGGUGUAGUGGUGAUUGGGACUACACUUGGUAGGAGGACCUGUUCGAUCCCCCGCAACUACAAUUGGGAGGAGACUGGAACCUAAUCAUCCAGACCUGUUCUCCGAUUCAGGAUUAGCCGCAGGGUGAACCGGGUAGAGCAUUCAAAAAAAAAAAAAAAAUAAUUUGAAGGUCCAUGGUUAGAGCUUCAUUCGGUAAUUCCCGAUUUCAGGAGAUCAAGGGAUCGAUUCUCUCCGUACGACUAUUAGGCUCUGUUCUCAUACGUUUAUUUUCAAUUAAGCUCAACUUAGCUAAACUUUAGCUGAGUUUAGUAUAUGAAAACAGGUCCUAAAACACAAAAAAACAAAGCCAGGACUCAAAAUCACUCCUAUCUCCCCUCCACUAGUAAAACCCUUAAACCCUAACUCAAAAAUCAGAAAAAUUGAAAACAAGAUUAGGGGGCAUAAUCAAACUUCUCAGAAAUUGAACCCAAUCAUUCGCGAGAAGCAAUAAGUUUCUGUAAUUGCGGUUUUCUUCAAUUGAGCUCACAUGAAAAUUAAUUAUAAUUACUACUUGGUAUGAAAAUGGUUGCAGCUUAAAGAUCAAUGCUGGCAUUCUUACUAAUUUCGAAGUACUCGAUUUAUUACAUUCGAGAGGGGCUGCCAAGGAUCCUACCCGGGCCAUGGGUUUGUUAAAAUCGUCUGAAUUCAAGGUUUAUGAUUAUUUGCUUGAGAGUGCUGCUUGUGAUCAGACUAGAGAAAGUAUCAAUGAUCUUAUAGAGAAAUUUAAAGAGUAUCAGCUACCUAAAGCUGAGCUGAUCAGCAUCAUUAACAAUCGCCCCUCUUCUGCAGUCGAAUUGGCUCCGAUCAUUGAGGCAUUGGAACAGCGUAAUUGGAAUGAUGAUACGUUGGAUGAGAUGGCAGAGCUGAUAGUUCAAGUGCUGCCACCUCGUCCGGACCAGAAAAAUACGAAUGAGGAGGGAACUGCUGAGGAUAAUGGUGCACAAGCGACUGAUGAGAAUACUAUUGCACAAAUGACUGAUGAGAAUAAUACUGCACAGGUGGCUGCCGAGGAUAAUAAACAGGUGUCUGAUGGUGAUAACGGAGAAGAAGAGAUGGACGACAGCUGACCUUUCCUAGAUGCUUAGAUGAAUUUGUGCAGAUUUUUUUGAAUUGUUAGUUAACCACUUUCUAGGUUAAGAUUGGAUCAGAAUGCAUACAUAAUGAAAUACUUUUCUUGACACAACAGUCUUUAAGCCAGUUUCUUGUGUCAUUAGGUAAGUGCCAAUGUGUUUUCUUGUUAGUCCUUUGGUUACACACUGAACAGUCCCUUCUAUCCUUGUCUUCUACUGUAGUUUCAAUCAAUGUAUUAAUGCCAUUGGCUAUGUUCAUACAGUCAUA